CGAUCCUACUCGGCAGACGCUGACGCCCCGCCGCCGCUGCUGCAGAAGCUCAAGGGCGAGCUCAAGGCCGCCAUGCGCGCCAAAGACGCGCCCAGGCUCUCCGUGCUCCGGUCCAUCAUGUCCGCGAACCUCAACGCCUCCAAGACGACGUCCCCGAUCCGCACCGACGUCCAGCUGGUUGCCUUAAUCCGCAAGCUGCAGAAGAGCGCGCAGGACGCGGUUGCGGACGCCCAGGCAGCCGGGCGGGACGACCUGGUGCAGAAGGAGAAGCAGCAGAUCUCCAUCCUGGACGAGUACAUUGCGGCGAGCGGCGUGCAGACCAUGGGGGAGGCCGAGAUCAGGGUCCUCAUCAACGAGGCGAUUGAGGCUGCCAAGGGUGCGGGCGCGGCUGGCAAGUCUCUGAUGGGAGACGUGAUGAGGCGUGUCAAUGGCGCCCUGGAGGGCAAAGAUUCUGUAUCCGCAUUGAUGGUUAAUUUCCUCAAUCCUCUUUUGCUGCACCGCAUAUCCCUCCUUCUUUAUCAAGCUGUCGACCAAUCCAGCCACGGAGAUCCCACAAUGCCCCGACAGCUCAUCACAUCUGGCUCCGAGUUUGAAGAGGAGAUUGCUUAUUCACGGGCUGUUGUCAUAGAUGACUGGGUAUUUGUGUCAGGAACUACCGGUUACAAUUAUGAGACUGGCAAGAUCUCUGGAGACAUUGUCGAACAGACGGAGCAGACUAUGAUCAAUAUCGACAAGGCUCUCAGAGAAGCGGGAUCCUCUAUGUGCGAAGUCGUCCGCGUAAAAUACAUUCUUCCGGACCGCAAUAGCUUUCGAUGCGUUUGGCCGGUAUUGAGGAAGUGGCUAGGCAAUGUGCGUCCAGCGGCGACAAUGGUGCAGGCCGCACUCAUGCUAGACGAAAUGAAGAUUGAAAUCGAGGUGACGGCAAAGAAGGGAUCCGGG